CUGGACUGUUGUUAGUCCAGUGACUGGUGAGAGAGACACACGGAGAGGGUGGGUCGGUGGGAAGUGUUGGGCUUGUGAAUGUUGGAGAGCUACUCUCUCGGUAGGAAGUAGGAACCGGAGAGAGAGAGAGAGAGAGAGAGUGAGGGCUUGAGGGGACGGGAUCACUCAGAGGCUCAGAGCAGAGAGUAAUGGAGAAAGCUCUGACGAAGGUGGGAAGCAUAAAAGCUGGGAGCUUUUGGAUUUCCCGUAAAGCCAAGAAGGAGAUCUCCAACAUUACUGAAGACAUCAGUUCUAUCUCCAAUACUGUUGAAGAGAAGGCUAAAUGGAUCUUCAACAAACUAAAAGGCAAGCCUUCAAAGGCCCUACCAGAUCUCCUUCGAGAGUACAACCUACCACCAGGGCUCUUUCCCCGGAAUGUUACUUGUUAUGAGUUCGAUGAAUCAAAGGCUAAGCUGAUUGUGUACCUGCCCUCUACCUGCGAGAUUAGCUUCAAGGACUCCUCUGUUAUAAGAUACAGUACUCGUAUCAAAGGGGUACUGACGAGGGGAAAGCUCAGCGGGAUAGAAGGAAUGAAGACCAAAGUCCUGGUAUGGGUUAAAGUCACUAAUGUGACUGUUGAGGGCUACAAGUCAGACAAGGUUUGGUUCACAGCUGGUGUGAAGAAAUCAAGAGCAAAGGAAGCAUAUGAGAUUCCUCGUGAUGCCAUUAAAGUGGAUGAGUAUUGAGGACAGAAUAUCAGAUACCAUCAUCAUCAUUGCCGUAAUCAUGCUUGCCAAUUUUUGGUAUUAUCACAUCCUGCAUUAUUAUGUGUGUGCAUGACCUUUUUAGUACAUUCUUAUGUGUACACAUUAGUGUUAGAUAUCUCUUCUUUACUAGGAAGAUCAAUGGGAAAAUCUGUUUUUUCUUCUCCCAACUCUUUCAGCCAAUAAUUUUUUGAAUGCCUCCUUCAAAGCUGUGUUACAAAUUUGUAACUUAAUAGCAUUAAGAGUCUGAGUUUCAUUUGGAUUUCUUUUGUUUCUUUAUAUAUCGGCAAGUAAGCCAUAGAUUGUCAGUUGGAUUUGAAUGAAUGAAAUAGUUGCUGAGUUGGUGUGGA